UCUUCCUCCCAAGGAUAGUAAGAGAGCGGAGAAGCUUAUUCUGACGAUCCGAAGAAAAUGGCUCCGAGAUCCGAUUCGCAAACCCUAGCCACCGGCUCCGCCAUGUCAGACACGUCUGUUGAAUCGUCGAUCGAUCCGAUCUUCCACAUUCUCCGUAUCAUCCCUUUCUCCUUCCUCCGGCCACCGCGUCUCCGUCUCAAGCUCCCUUCGUUCACGCUCCCGUCGCCGAUGACCGUAUUCGCUCUGAUUCUCCUCACCUACUUCUUGGUCGUCUCCGGCUUCGUCUACGAUGUGAUUGUCGAGCCUCCAGGUAUCGGGUCGACCCAGGACCCAAUCACCGGGUCGAUAAGGCCCGUCGUGUUCAUGUCGGGUCGGGUUAAUGGGCAGUACAUCAUUGAAGGUCUUUCGUCGGGAUUCAUGUUCGUGCUCGGUGGGAUCGGGAUCAUAAUGCUGGAUCUGGCACUUGAUAAGAAUCGAGCUAAGAGCGUCAAAGCAUCCUAUGCUACAGCUGGAAUCUCCUCCAUUGUGAUCGCUUAUGUCAUGAGUAUGCUCUUUAUCCGGAUCAAGAUCCCUGGUUAUCUCCAUUAGAGUUUAGAUCAACUUUCACUUGGUUCUGUAGUUGGAUCGAUCACUGGAAAAGAUGUGCCUUUUUUUGUGUGUUUCUAAGCUUAUGUGCUCACUGUAACCAGAUUCUACUUGGUUCUGAUUUUGUUUGAUAAUGGGAAUUUUAGCUUUGGAU